GCAGAGCAUGGUGAUGCUGCCCCUGCCCUGGGCAGACACCAGAUAUGAAGUCACCACGGAGGAAGUCCAGUUUCCUGGAGCUCGACGUCUGCAGGGCGCCGAUGAUGAGAGCCUUAAAUGCUCCGGAUGGGUGCGCGAGCUGCUGCCCUGCGAGGAAGAGAUUGCCACAUCGGACCGUAUCUCGCCAAGUAUUGCGCAGGCAAUUGUGGCGGAUGUCGAAUCCACCACCGAAGGUUUCCUUACUGGUACCACGGAGCGCAUCACCUGGCAGAUGGAACUCCGCGACGGUAGCUGCAGCCAUCGUGUUGGUUCAGCCACCACCUGCAUAGUGCGCUGCCAUAUCGUCGAGGAGGAUUUGGCUUGGCUUAUCCAAUCACCCAGCCACAGUGAUGGCUGUAUGUACCCCAGAUGUUCCCAGAAGAGCUGGUCGAACGAGUACCCAGUGUACCUGACGUUCGGGCAACUGCGGCCUGCAAAGGAAUACACUGCCAGAUGUCUCGUGAUGGAUCCCUGGGGCAACGCUAUCACCAGCGACUUCAAGAUUUGGGUUCCAGGCCAGUCCACACAGUCGACAUCCAGCACUCCCACUCCAACAACCCAACUGCCAACUCUACCUCCCACCACACGUGCCCCGACAACGGCAGCACCGCCAACCACUCAACCAGUCGAUUAUUGGACAAGGCCACCUGCCACGACGCAGGGUGGAGGAGGUCAGACAGCGCCUCCAACCACGCGGCCUCCGCUCAUCUACACAACUUCAGCCACUCCGGCACCACCCACAACACCACGAACAACGAGCACCACAACAGAAGCUCCAACCACUCAACCCCCCACAGUGCCGCCGUGGCUCAGUGACUACACGCCAUCGGGCCCAGUGCGAACGGAGCUUUCCCUCAGCACUUCUUCAAGAGAAGAUGCUGAAGCCUUAAUCUUCCCUACUGCGGCCAAUGCACUGGUUUCUGCCCUGAGGCUUGCGUUGGG